AUGGCGGCAGCAAGCUGGUACCACCGGGACAUCAGCCGGGUGGUGGCGGAGGAGCUGCUGGCCAAGGCUGGGCGGGACGGCUGCUUCCUGGUGCGGGACAGCGAGUCGGUCUCAGGGGCCUAUGCCCUUUGCCUCCUGUUCCAGCGGCACGUCCACACCUACCGCAUCCUCCCAGAUGAUGAGGGCCUGCUCUCUGUGCAGACCAUUCAAGGCAUCCAAGCCAAAUGCUUCCGCACCCUCCCAGACCUGAUCAGUGCCUACCAGCAGCCCAACAACGGUCUGGUGACACCCCUGCUCUACCCUGUGCACCGAGCCAGGCAGACAGCCGAUGAGGACUCGGCCGAAAGUCCUCGGCCCACGGAUGGGGAGGACGGCCGAGACAGUGGGCACGUGGCAAGCGCAAUCCUGGCUGGAGGAGCCGGGACAGACGCAUGGCUUAGUGCUCCCAUCGCCAGCCAGCCCCACAUCUCGCAGCAGCUGCACCAGAGGCUGCAGGAGCAGGCCCACAGCAGCCCGGCCAGUGACUUCAUGGGCUUCAUGGCCGAGUACCUGAACCACCACCUGCAGCUGGACCUGGAGGCGCUGCGCCAUGGCCACCCGCAGCUGCGUCAUCUCAGCACCGCGCUUGUCACCGCCUGCCGGCCGCUGCACAGUCAGAUCGACUUCACGCUGGCAGGUCUGGAGACAUUGGCCAGGGUGUUUGACCCCCCCAUGUCCCCUCGCAGCCUGGCCAGGGAGCAGAGUCUCCUGACCAGUGAUCCAGACCUUGAGCUGCUCCUCAACAAGAUAUCUACUGUCAACAAUCUCCUUGCUUCACUGGAGAAGAAGGUGCUGAAGUCUCUGCAGGAGACGGUGGCAAGGCACAACCUGGCACUGCCCAGCGUGACGGCGGCCCCACCACCAACUGCCAAACCCAUGGCCGUGCAGAGCUUCGAGGUAAAGAUGGGCAAGUCGCAGCGGGCAACCCUGAUGGUGGACGUGGAGUCAGGCACAGUGGCCAUCACCAAAAGGGGCAGCGGGUCCCCAGAGGAGACCAUUCCGCAGGACAAAAUUGUGCAGCUGAUCAAAUACCAGAGCGUGCAGAGCAAGGUGAGGCUGAUGUACGACCGGGAGUCACAGAAGAACCUGAGCAGAGACUUCAUCUUCCCCAGUGCGCGGAAGCGAGAGGCCUUUUGCCAGCUGCUGCAGCUGAUGAAGAUCCAGCACUCCAACCUGGAUGAGCCUGACAUCAUCUCGGUGUACGUUGGGACAUGGAACAUGGGCAGCACGCCGCCACCCCGCUCCCUUGCCUCCUGGCUAACCUCGAGGGGCUUGGGGUGCACGCAGGAUGAGACCACUGCCUGCAUCCCCCACGACAUCUACGUUAUUGGCACCCAGGAGAACUCCCUGGGCGACCGCGAAUGGGUCGAGUUCCUCCGCGCAUCUCUGAAGACCCUGAUGGCCAUCGACUACCGCGUGGUUGCCCUGCAAUGCCUCUGGAGCAUCAAGAUCGUGGUGUUGGUGAAGCCUGAGCACGAGCGGCGCAUCAGCCACGUCCACACCUCCAGUGUGAAAACCGGGAUUGCCAACACGCUGGGGAACAAGGGAGCUGUGGGUGUCUCCUUCCUUUUCAAUGGUACCUCCUUUGGCUUCGUCAACUGCCACCUGGCCUCCGGCAGUGAGAAGACCCACAGGCGUAACCAGAACUACAGUGACAUCCUGCGUUCCCUGGUCCUGGGUGACAAGCGGCUGAGUACCUUCGACCUCACCCUGCGCUUCACCCACCUCUUCUGGUUUGGGGACCUCAACUACCGCCUCGACAUGGAUGUGCAGGACAUCCUUGCCCACAUAACCAAGAAGGAGUUUGAAGCCCUCCUGGCUGUCGACCAGCUCAACCUGGAGCGAGAGAAGAACAAAGUGUUCCUGCGAUUCAGUGAGGGUGACAUCUCCUUCCCGCCCACGUACCGAUAUGAGCGGGGCUCCCGGGACACCUACAUGUGGCAGAAGUUCAAGCCCACGGGGGUGAGGAUCAAUGUCCCCUCCUGGUGUGACCGCAUCCUGUGGAAGUCACACCCAGAGACCCACGUGGCCUGUAACUCCUAUGGGUGCACUGAUGACAUCGUGACCAGUGACCACUCGCCCGUCUUCGCCACCUUUGAGGUGGGAGUGACGUCGCAGUUCGUGCCCAAGAAGGCUCCUGGAUCUGACCCCAAGGCCCUGGCCUGCAUCGAGUGGGAGAGCAUCGAGGUGAUCGUGAAAACCGCCAGCCGCAGCAAGUGCUACAUUGAGUUUCACUCCUACUGCCUGGAGGAGGCUCAGCGAAGUGGAGAAAACACCUCCCAGAGCUGCGACAUCCCUGGCUUCCUCAAGUUGGGCUGGUCUGCCAAGAAUCUGCCCAUGCUGAACCCCAUCCUGCCAGACCUGGAGUACCUGGGGGACCAACACCUUCUUCUCAGCAUCAAGGGUGUGGAGAGCUGCGAGUCCUAUGGUGAGUGCUGCAUCGCGAUGAGGUCGAUGAUUGGCAGCAUGGCCCAGCAGUUCGAGACCUUCCUCUUCCACCGUGGCGAAGAGACAGGCUCCAUUCGUGGCUGGAUGAAGGUCCGGGUCCCCAAGGACAGGCGCAGCACCCGCGAGAGGCUCUAUGAGUGGAUCAGCUUUGAGGAGGAGGAUGCCGAGCCAGUGACAGGCACCCCGACACGCCCCAAGACACCUCUGCAGCACCUCAGGAGCCGGCCCCGCAGCCUCCCAGAGCCAGCCUCCAGCUACACCAACCCAGCCUACUUCAUCUUUGAGGGGGUCCCCAAUUCGUGGGCUCCAGCCCCUAGCACUGGCGAAGCCCACAACAAGCAGGCAGAGAGCCCGGCUGGGGGUCAGCGGCAGCGGAGCCCCCUUUGGACACAGGCCCCUUCACCCUCAGAGGAGGAGUGGUGGGGCAGCCAGCCCUGCUAUGUGCCAGGGAGGUCGUCCCCUGGGUACCCACUCAGCCCCCCCAGAGUGGACCGGCAGAGGAGACCCAAAUCGGCUGUGCUGGCGAGGGACAGCGCAGGGCUGGGCGACUGCUCAUUGACAGUACUGCACAUGGCCACCUACCUGAGCCAGCUGGACCAGGUGUGUCCAGAGCGCAGAGGGGACAGCCAGAAGACCCUGCUGCGCCAGACCCACAGCGCCCUGGAGCCGCCCCCACGGCGCUGCCAGGAGGUGCCAAGGUGCACGCAAAAUGCUCACCAGAGGGACCUGUUGGAGACUGGGAUGCUCAGUCCGACCCAUCCCCGACUCAUCCACGGCAAGCUUGGUGAGGGCACCGCGGUGAGCCUGCCACAGAGACCCAACCUUGGGGUGCAGCGCCUUGAUCACCUAUCCCCACCCUAG